GAAUGUUUACAUUAACUGCAUCUUAUUGGAAAAUUCAGGAACUACCUAGCCCGUUCCUUGUUGUGAAAUAAAAAUGGGUGACGCUGGUGGGUUCAUCAGAUUCUUCCGAUCCACGGAAAUAUCAGUAUCAACUUCCCAGAGACGACGACGACCCAACCGACAGCAGACAGAAUGGCUCUCGUGUUCUUCCCGAGCAAACACAGCUACCGAGUCGUGCGGCCUCGCGGCUUUCCAGGACUGGCUCAUGACGUUCCACUCUCCGUCAUGGAACACCAGAUGGACGCCGCUCUCCAAGAUGGACUGCUCUUCCUCAAUCAGCUCCUCAGCCCUUCACAGUGCCCAUGUCACCCACCGACACAACAGGACAAGGACGCUGAGAAGACAGCCGACGAAGGAGAGAAGGAAAAGAAGAACGAAACCACCUCGCCCGAGAAGUACGAGGUGUCGCUCGACGUGACAGGCUUCGCCCCUGACGAGAUCAGCGUCAAAACGGUCGGCAACAAAGUCCGAGUCCAGGGCAAGCACGAAGCGCGCCACGCCGACGAGACCGGCCACAGCUUCCGCUAUCAGGAACUAUGGAGGGAGUUCGUGCUGCCCGAUGGGGUGGACCCCGCCACCGUGACGUCCGUGCUGUCCAAGGACGGAGUGCUGAGUAUCCAGGCACCGAGGAUGGCCAUCGAGGCGGCGCCUGCCGAGAAGGUUGUACCUGUCCAGUCUGCCGAGGUGCCAGCAGUAGACAAUGGUACCAAGGACACUGGUAGUGCAGAGGGCGAUCAUGAGAUGGCAGAGUGAGACAAUGUCCUGGUCUGAAACUGUAGGACUCUGUAGUUCCGCAGCUUUCGUCUUUAACCGCUAACAAUUAUAUAAUCUUUGUCCACGUACAACCGUACAGCAUUGAUGCAUGAUAAAAUCUGUGAUCGUAUUGAAUAUAUUCUGCGUUAAGCAAGAGUAUACACAUGUACAAUUGUAGCUUAUAUAUGUGAUGACAUGCAGGGCAUGCGAGGCGUGAUAUGGCAGAGUGAGACAAUGUCUUGCUCUGAAGUUGUAGGACUCGUAUUACGUAUUUAGUAGCUAAUAAUCCUGUAGCCUUUACCAACGCACAUGUACAGCAGCAAGGCGUGGUAAACUCCGUGAUCUAAUUGAAUGAUCAUGUGUUUAGCAAAAGUACACACAUUGGGCAUGAUAACACGUGAAAUUACUAUUUUCUGUAGAAAUUCAGAUGCUGAUAUAAUAAAGUUUCUUUGUUCUAACCAUUUAUCUGUUGCAAGAUGGUACAUCCGCUCUAUGUAAUAAAGAUUAUGAGUACGUAAUAAAGUGUACUUUGCUGUA